UGCAGGUUUCUGAGCUUUAAGUCUUACAAAGUAUCAAACCCGCUGCAAUAGAAAUGGACAAUAGUGAUAAGUGUGGCAACAUGACCUGACUGAAAGCUCCAACAGAUUCAGAGACUUUUGCCUGCAAGGAAAAGCAGACAAUCAAACUACGAGACAAGACGGCCGGUCGCUGCGCUGUGGUCUCGCUGCUGCAACAACUAACCAGGGCCAAUGUCGUGGCUCGAGGGUCGUCGGGAGUCUCUGCCUGGGGUCCACCAGGUAGUGCGGCGGCGUUUCUCUGGGCCGCUGCUGCUACCUCCUCUGUGGAGGAGACACUCCUGCCAGGAGCACUCCUGUGACGCCCGAUGGGCAUCAGCAGCACACUCUCUGCCACUGGACCGACUGGAAGAGCUGUACAGUCGAGCACUGGCCAAUCGUGAUGAGCACCGUUUUGAUGUGGAGAAUGGCCUAUCGGUGGGUCGCAGUCCACUGGACUCUCAGACUAGCCCGGGUUCUGGUCUGGUACUUCAGGCCAACUUCCCUCACAGUCAGCGCCGCGAGUCUUUCCUCUACCGCUCCGACUCAGACUUCGACCUUUCUCCCAAAACCAUGUCCCGCAACUCGUCAACUGCCAGCGACCUGGAGGAGGGAUUGAAGCAUUGGGAAGUCAAUUGGCUACCUCGGCAUGGAGAAGACAUGAUAGUGACUCCAUUUGCACAGGUUCUUGCCAGUCUACGAACAGUGAGAAGUAACUUUGCUGCUCUGACACAUCUUCAAGAUCGUGUGGGAAACAAGCGGCCGACGAGCAGCAACCAGCCGUCCAUGUGUAAGCCAUGUCUUACAGAGGAGCCCUACCAGAAGCUGGCAGUGGAGACACUGGAAGAGCUGGACUGGUGUCUGGACCAGCUGGAGACAUUGCAGACGAGACACUCGGUCAGCGAGAUGGCAUCCAACAAGUUUAAGAGGAUGCUGAACCGCGAGCUGACACAGCUAUCAGAGACAAGCCGCUCAGGGAAUCAGGUGUCAGAGUUCAUCGCCAACACCUUCCUAGAGAAACAACAUGACGUGGAAAUCCUGUCUCCACCUUCUAAGGAGAAGGAGAAGAAGAAGAGGCCGAUGUCACAGAUCAGUGGUGUGAAGAAGGCCACACAGAGCCCCAGCUUAGCACCCGCCUGCAUCCCUCGCUUUGGAGUCAGUACGCCACAAGAAAGUCUGCUUGCAAAGGAGAUCGAGGACAUUAAUCGUUGGGGUCUGGAUAUAUUCAAGAUAGCAGAAUUUUCCGGAAACCGCCCUCUGACAGUGAUCAUGUACUCUGUCUUCCAGGAGCGAGACCUUCUGAAAACCUUUAAGAUUCCAAACGACACCUUCGUCACGUUCAUGAUGACAUUGGAGGACCACUACCACGCAGACGUGGCUUAUCACAACAACAUUCAUGCAGCUGAUGUGGUGCAGUCCACCCACGUCCUCCUGUCCACCCCUGCGUUAGAGGCGGUGUUCACAGACCUGGAGAUCAUGGCUGCUCUGUUUGCUAGUGCCAUCCAUGAUGUCGACCACCCAGGAGUCACCAACCAGUUCCUGAUAAACACCAGUUCAGAGCUGGCACUGAUGUAUAACGAUGCCUCAGUGCUGGAGAAUCACCACCUCGCCGUCGGCUUCAAACUGCUCCAAGAAGACAACUGUGACAUCUUCCAAAACCUCAGCAAGAAACAGAGAGACUCCCUCCGCAAGAUGGUGAUCGACAUGGUGCUUGCCACAGAUAUGUCCAAACACAUGAACUUUUUGGCGGAUAUGAAGACGAUGGUAGAGACCAAGAAGGUGACCAGUCUGGGAGUCCUGCUGCUAGACAACUACUCUGACCGCAUCCAGGUUCUGCAGAACAUGGUCCACUGUGCCGACCUGAGCAACCCAACCAAACCACUAGAGCUUUACCGGCGGUGGACGGACCGCAUCAUGGUGGAGUUCUUCACCCAGGGAGACCGAGAGCGGGACAAGGGCAUGGAGAUCAGUCCUAUGUGUGACAAGCACAACGCCUCCAUAGAGAAGACCCAGGUGGGGUUUAUCGACUACAUUGUCCAUCCUCUCUGGGAGACGUGGGCAGACUUGGUGCACCCUGACGCCCAGGACAUCCUGGACACGCUGGAGGACAACAGGGAGUGGUACCAAAGUAUGAUCCCCCGCAGUCCGUCGCCCUCUAGCCCCGAGGAGCACAUUACUGAGGUGGGGCCAGGAGGAGAAGCUAUGGGACCAGGAGGGGUUGUCCCUUCAGGAGGAGGAGGAGGGGACAAGUUCCAGUUUGAACUAACUCUGGAGGAAGAAGAGGAGGAUGAGGAGGAGGUGGAGUCUGACCUAGAGAGCCCUCUAGAGGAGGAGUCCCUGUCGGGUGCGGAGCGGCACCGGGACUCCUCCUCAUCCUCCCACUCUUUGUCCCCAGACCCACGCAGCAGCAGGUACCGUCCCCCAUCGCCUCACCCGUCUCGGACCCUGAAUCUGGCUGCCAUGUCGGUACGGAGCCCCCACAGGACACUGCCCUCCCCGGGACGGGAGGGCGCCGACAGGGACAGAGAACUGAGCCAGGAGGGCGACGGGGUGGCCUGCCUGCGCAUGGGCACGUAACAACCAGCACAACCUGCCCCGCCUGACAGACACGAGUGCUGGAUGUAGUGAGACGGAGGCAGGGCAGGCAUUCAUUUAUAAAGUCUGUAAAAUCACGACAGUCCCUUUACACUGGAGACACCCUCUCUGGACAACAGAGGGACGUUCCCCCCUCUGUUUUAUUUCAUCUUUUAAUGAGAAGAAUCGCCUGAUUGGCCAUGUGUCCCGUCCUGCUUUGUUGUAGCUUCAGUUCGGACUGUCCCAGACGAAGACUGCUGCAUUUUAACUGGGAAGAAGAGCGCAGCCAAGAUGUGAUACUCUUAACAAAAGGUAAAGGAAAUGUCUUCCUCCAAAAUAACUGUUUGUGACAUUCAGACACGAGCGAAUGAGGAUCGCUGCGGUUUGACAGGGUCUUGGAAUUUAUUUUGCACCAUAUUUUUAAUUUAGGAUUUGAAAUUACCAAGUCCGGUUGGAAUGAGUGUGGAUUCAUUCCUUAAGAAUGAUGUGAGCGAUGAAUCAUUUUACCAAAUACAGGAUGUAGAUAAGCAGCGAGAAGAUCGAUGGACCGAAACCUCAGGGUAUGAAGAGAAACAUAAAUCUAAUGUAGCACGGAUGUAGUGGGUUCCCCUGAUGUGACCCCGACCCCAAACCGUCUUUCCUGUUUCAUUUACCUCCAAACCAGAGACAACUGGGACUUUGUUUAACCAGCGUGUCUCUACAUUUCAUUACAACCCUUUAAUAGAAAAUCUGGCAACUGAAGCAAUCAAAUAAUAUAUAUUUAAACCAGCUUGUAGCACCGCAGAGAUUGAACACUGAAGAAGACUGAACCCCAGUCUCACCUGUUGAAAAUAAGAGACACCACCUGUAUAAUAUUUUUUUUUUUACCUGAAAUGAUUUGAGACGGUGUUGUUGUUAGGUUUCAAUUUCUGAACCGUUCUGUUGUCGUACAUCUGCUGGUCUUGUCUGUGUUUAUGUGCUUGAAAAGCUCUUUUUUUUUUUUUUUUUUAAUCAGGGUGCCUCCGGUCCGCAGUAGCACUUUACCGCCUCUGCCCUUCAGCUCUUCUAUUCAGUCUCACAAAGGGCUUCACCCACUGUAGGCCUACUGAUACACACAGUACAGGACAUCAGGCUCAAGGUACUGGAAGGCCGGGCAGGAAACUAACUGGUUGGUUGAUUCAGGAUUUUGCAAACUAACUUCAGAUCCUUAACGGAGGAUUUGACAGCCAUGUCAAUUCCUAACAUUCUGGUGGUCAGAUAAUACUGGAAUUACAAGACUCCUUUUGCUUUUUUUGUUUUUGUUGCAAACUGAUGCCCCCAUUAUCAUCAAAAACAGGUGCAGCCAGCUGUCAUCUUAAAAACAAAUCCACCUGAGCUGCACUUUCCUCUUUAAGGCAAAUUUAUGACUGCAAAGUCCCCUGAAUGUUGGCUACAUUCAGUUUAUUUAUGCCAAUAUUGACAGCAGCACAGAUGCUUUACACAACACUGUUUAACAGAUGUAGAAUUAUAUAAUUUCAAACCUGUGAAACGGAGUCCUUCCUUUCCUUUCCGUCCUUUUACUAGAACAGUUGUUAUUUGAAAUAUCCUCUUUUUUCCCUGAAUCAGUGAGGAUCUUGUAAUUCCAAAUAAAUCACCAUGGAGUUGCUUUCCUGCCGACAGGUUGUGGAGAUCAGAGGGAGCACAGUUUAAUCGCCUGUAGUUCAAAGUGAACAGAUUGUGUUCCAUCAGAUUAUCAGUCUUAUUUGGUAGAUAGUACUCGACUGGGAUAACUGUGUGCCAUAAGUGUUGAAAACACGCAAACACCUGCCAGCCUACGGUGCUGAACAUUUUUACACUAGAGAUUUUAACCUGAUGAUUGUAUCGAAGUCAUUGACUUUAUAGUGUUAGUUUUUAACGAAUGUUAACAGUAUUUAAAGCAGACAAUUUAUUAGAUUUUGUGCAACUUAUGAGCAGUCUGUUCAGCCCUUUCCUAAUCAGAUAGCUGAGACUUGAGAAUGUGUGUAGUUUCAGGAGUUCAGGACUCUUUGUUCCAAGUCCAUGUUGAGUCUAGAGCAGUGUUUGUCGGCGUCACUGAGGUAGAAAGACCAGGAAGCAAACAAGCACUACACAAGAUAUGAUGCAGUUCCUGGUCAGGCAGUAGUAGAAAACACUAGUCUAACAGUAUUUCAUUAACUCAGCUAGUAACCUUUAUUGAUCAGCCUUACAUGUGAUAGAGUGGUUGGAGCCUACUGUUAAAGGACCAUUAUGCUGUUCUUAACAUGCCGAUCCUCACAGCGUCAUUUGAUCUACAGUUCUGGAAGACUGGAAAAGUAAGAAAAUUGCUCAUUUCGAGGCUUUAAAAAAAAAAAUAAAUAAAUAAAAAGGGAAUUGCAAAGAAAAAUCAGGACAGAAAACUUUGCAUUUCUGUCCUUGUUUUCAGUGUAUGACAGAAGAAAUAUGAUUUGCUAUGAAAAUGAUGAAGUGAUAAUCUGAGAAAUCAAGAUAAAUGUAAAACAUUAUGCAAAGUUUUGAUGAGUUAUGUUCAGCUUUCGGUGUUGAAAUUCCUCCAGAUUGGAAAUGUCAUGUAAACCUCAGCAGAUUUAUUUUUUUGCCUGGAUAUAAUACACUCUUUAUUCCCAGACUUGAUGUCUAGUGCCAGUAACAGGCCAAAGUUUAUACACAAGAAAUGUCAGAAUCUAGGGGGCAGAUUGCCUUGAAUACAGCUGAACACUUUCUCACCAUCAUGGCCUUUUCUUUAGAGUCAUCCUGACAGGAAACCUUAAACAAACAAACUGCACAACCACCACUGUGUUAUUUUUGUUUUACAUGAAACACUCUCAUUCUGUAAUGAAGACUGCAGCCUAGCAGGGAUUUAACAGUUACAUUUUUAUUUUACAGUUCCUGGUUAAGAAGCACAUUUCCUCCAGUUGGUUAAAUUUGGGGCUAAAGGAGCUCAGACAGGCAGUUAGACAUCAGGACUUUGUAUUAAAUUUAAAAAUACUGAUCCACAGGCAUUCAACGAUGACAAUUUCUGCUUCCUGAGACUCAUUUGAACCAUCAGCGUUUUCAGGAAGUAUGUUCUUGGAACAAUUUAUAUUAAAAAAAGCAAAGAAAACAUAAAAAUCUUUUACAUUUUUAAUCUAAAUGAGAAUCUGUGCUUCUAUGUGACAGCUAUUACACAGCAGUGAUCCACUCUGUUGUAAACACCGUGUGGUAGCUGUCCUGUGACACAGGAAGUGAUGACUUUUUACAUUUCCAGUGAUUAUGAAAUACAGUGAAGCCCUGUGUGGUUUGCACAAACAAUAACAGCCACCAUGAGCAGAAAAUCACAUACACAUUAAUCACUCUAAGCUCUUAUUAUAAAAUUCCUCAAUUUUGCAACGUGUCACUUUCCUGUUCAACAUGACAUUUUCAUCAUGUGGGAUUUCUGUGGAUUUGAAAUGUUUGACAGCAGCCGAUUUCAGUUUGCAGUCAGCUGAAUGUACCAUUUGUAGCUCAGUGAUCUGAGGCACAUGGGCAUGUUAAACACAGCGCUGUGGCUCUUUACAGGAAGACAUCGGUGCCAUACAGUGUUAAAUGUGUUGACGAGCAGCAGAGUCCCUGCUGUCACUCUGUUAUUGUGUUGCGCUGAUACUGCCACCAUUAAUGUUCAUGCUGUCUUGUUUUCUCAGCCUCUGUGUUGUGCAAACUUCUAUAAAGAUAUUUAUUCUUCAAACGUGUCUGUCGAGACAAAGUACUGUAACAUAGGACUUUUAAUUUUAUGUUCUGGAGCCUAAAAAUCAAGUAUACUUUACAAGUAUGUAUACAUCUGCCACUCCAAUGUUCUGUCAAAGAAAAUAACUAUAUUUUUGUUCUUUUAUGCCAAAAGAGUCUCGGGAGUUCAGGGUGUUUCAAGUUGAAAAUGCCAAUAAAUUAUAUGGAAAUUUAUCAGACUGGC